ACAAUUAUCCAUAUCACCUACACUUCAGCCCACCUUCUGCCCCCUUUGUGACAUCAGCGAAAUCAAUUCCUUCGAUCUACAAGCGCCACUCUCCUCCGAUCCACACCGGCAGAGAUUUUAUACCCGCUUCCAUGGAUACCCCGCCAGUCUCUUCAUGGCUAAUUACAUAAACGGAUCUCAUAUACUACUGAAGCAGUUCUACAAUCUACAACAGAAAGACGCAAAGUUACCGAAGACCUUCCCUCUGUUCAGUAGCAAAAUCUCCAGAUUGAGUAUUUAAUUAUGCAUUCAUUCUUCGAAUGAAGGGGGAGGGAAGAGCAGUAGCAAUUAAAGAUGCCGCUUUAUGACUGCAUGCUUUUGUUUAAACCGCAUAUGAAGGCUGAGGCGCUGACGGAUUUGGUUAUUAAGGUGGGGAAGCAUGUCUAUGGUAGAAAUGGAGUCCUCACAGAAAUAAAAUCUCUCGGAACUGUCCAGCUCGGCUAUGGCAUUAAGAAGCUUGAUGGGAGGUAUUAUCAGGGGAAGAUGAUGCAAAUGACGAUGAUGACACCGCCUAAUUUCAACAAUGAGUUGCAUUACCUGAACAAGGAAGACCGUUUACUUCGGUGGCUGUUGGUUAAGAAUCGUGGAGACCUGCAGCUUGAUUCUUCCGAUAACUAUGUACCUUUGCGUACCCAGGUGCACCAAGAGUUUAGGGGUGAUGAGAAAGAAGACAGUAGUGAUGAAGACACUGAGAACUAAAAAAAAUAAAAAGCAGCUUUGCGGCUGGCCAUAGCUGCUUUUAACUUGAACCUGAGGUUGAGGUAUCUGCCCCCUUUUUGUUAUUUAUGUUCUGAAAUGUGAAAUGGAUAGUCCCCCAUGUUAGUAGUAUGAACCAAGAAAACUCUCUGAUUUAUCUAGUGUACAACAAUGGCUCUGAUCAUCUAUGAUGGUACAUUGGUAUCCCCCCCCCCCUACUGGACCACUUAGCGUUGAUUUAAAUUCAAUGUGAUGCUUAUAAUUUCUCAGUAGUAAUUUAUUUCAAAGUUGAUAAAUUUUCUGUA